GCAGCAGCAGCGGAGCGCCCCCAACCAGAAAGAGAAAGAGGCAAGCAGCAGAGCCGAACCAACCAACUAACCAACGGACGGAAGAGACCGCCGCCAAGCCUCGCCGAUCCGGCCCCCCCUUCCCUCCUUUUCCUCUUCUGCCUCCCUCGGGACCCGCCGCCGAGAUUGGAGCUCCGGCCGGCGCAUGGACCCCCGCCGUCGCGCGGAUCGCGCCGAGUAGCGGGAGGUAGAGCUGGGAGAGACGCCAGUGCCGCGGGGCGAGGCGGGCAUGGACACCAACGCCGGCUCCUUCGUCGCCGUCCGGCGGCUCGCUGGCUCCGACCGCGCGGCCGGCGCCGUCGCGUUCCAUCACUCGUCCUCAGCGGAGGUCGUGACCGGGUCGACGGCGUGGAUAGAGAGGGGGCUCUCCUGCGUCUGUGUGCAGAGUCGGGACAGCGACGCCCGCCUUUCGUUCGAUUUGACUCCCGUUCAGGAAGAGUGCCUACUGAGGUUACAGAACCGGAUAGAAAUUCAGUAUGAUAGUUCAAACAUAGAGCAUCAGGAAGAAUUGAAGGCCCUUUGGUGCGCCUCCUUUCCUGGAACUGAGCUUAGGGGCCUAAUAUCGGAACAAUGGAAAGAGAUGGGCUGGCAAGGGAAAGAUCCAUCCACGGAUUUUAGAGGUGGAGGCUUCAUCUCCUUGGAGAAUUUAUUGUUCUUCGCCAGGAACUAUCCGAAAUCUUUUCAGGAACUUCUUCGUAAGCAGAAUGGUGACCGUGCAAUUUGGGAAUAUCCAUUUGCUGUAGCUGGUGUAAAUAUAACAUUCAUGCUCAUUCAGAUGCUUGAUCUACAAGCAGUCAAACCAAGGUCAUUGUUUGGAGCUGUUUUCCUAAAGCUACUUUCAGAAAAUGAUCGAGCUUUUGAUAUCCUGUACUGCAUAACCUUCAAGCUGAUGGAUCAGCAAUGGCUUGACAUGCAUGCUACUUACAUGGACUUCAAUACAGUCAUGAAAUCCACACGACGCCAGCUAGAAAGGGAGCUGUUGAUUGAAGAUAUUCAGCGGGUCGAGGAUAUGCCAUCGUACAAGCUUCUAGCCCGCUAGCUAGUAACUGAAACCUUAACAUGGCUUACAUGUCGCCGCGAGGCUUGAAUUGCUGAACGAUGCAACCAGUGUCCUUAUACAGUGAGAGAAUUCCAAGAUGUAGAUGCCCCUGUAUCUUGUCGCGUUUUAGGUACUCCGAUAACCCGGGCUCUCAUGUAUUUACAUAGUAGGGUUUUCUUGGCCAGCAUGCCACGUAGGGUAACUCCAGUAUCCGACCAACUACCAGGAGGGCAGAGUAUGUGUAGGGUGUGUGUGUGUGUGCUGUUAAAGUUUGGUUAUUGCUCAUAAUACCACGGAAUGUAGUCCUUGUCUCUGUCCUUGUAACCAGGAGCCUCUUGUGAAAGCUAAUCUGAGUGCGCAGCAACUACGAUUCA